UCUAAAGAUUUAUCACCGGACACCAGUCUUCUUAUUGUCAAAUUAUUGCCGCCAUCUAUUGGAAAAUUUUCAAUUAACCUAGAAAGCGCACUUGGCAGUUGGCACUCUCCUCAAUUUGUCUCUCUAUCUGAGAUUGAUAAGCGAAGAAUUUAACCCCUCAGCAUUUCUCCCUGUAAAAGUAAGAUUUCUCAAGUAAAUUCAAAAUGGCUCAGAUCCAGUACUCGGACAAGUAUUUUGAUGAUACCUACGAGUACAGGCAUGUGAACCUUCCACCAGAAGUUGCCAAAUUGCUUCCUAAGAAUCGCCUUCUCUCUGAAAAUGAAUGGCGUGCAAUUGGGGUUCAGCAGAGCCGAGGGUGGGUUCAUUACGCAAUUCACCGCCCAGAGCCUCACAUCAUGCUCUUCAGGAGGCCACUGAACUAUCAGCAGCAGCAGCAGCAGGAAAACCAGGCUGGGGAAAACAUGGUUGCCAAGGGAUGAUUCCUUGCUUAGGUUUUCCACUUUUCUGACAUCUGAUUGUAUUGUUGCUCUCAUAGUCUCAUUUCUGCUAGAAAUGAACCCACUUUAUGAAGAAAUUUGUGUUCUGGGAGAAUGUCAGAAGUGUUAUAGUGCUGUGGUGUGAAGAAUUUCAAUGUCGAAACUUCUGUUUCAAAGACUUUGAUGUCGAACUGGUACCUGAAAUGUAUUUGUAAUAUUUCAAAUUCACUAUUGAAGCCUUGAUAGUUCUCAGUU